UCUCUUUGAGGUUCAUUUGUAAAAGUUUCGUAUUCAUUUACUCACUAUAACCAAAUGUCGACCUUUAAAAAGACAACUAAAUCUAAAUUCAUGGCAGAAGACCUUAACGAUUUACUUAAUCACUCUCAAUAUAUCAAUGGUUCACCAAAAACCAAAAAAGUUAAACGACAAGUUAAAGAGAAAGGAUUUAAUAGCGUUUCCGAUAUUAAGGCAACUCCUGCUAAGAAGCAAAAAAUGUUUGUUGGUUUUGAUGCUUGCGGAGAAUCGCGCCAAAAAACGUUGAAUGUUAUGAACCGCCAACUUCAAGUGAGGAAGCAAAUUGAUGAUAGUUUGCUGAAGGAUCUAACUGAAGUCGUAACAAACUUGGACGCCGAUAACGAUGUUCUUAAAGAGAACGUUCAGAAGUUGGAACAGCUGACAGGAUGUUUAAUGAAAUGUAUGCAGCAGACUACAGCUGCUCAUAAGGAUAAACUAAAAGCGUUCAAAGGCGUCUUUGCGACAUUUAAGAAAGAGUGUGAGGAAACGGAAGCGGAGCAUAGAGCCGAAACAGAAAAGUUAGGAAGCGUUUUAGAAGAAGACAUUAACAAGUUAAAACAGAAACUAAUAUCCGAAACGAAGCGCAGUGAAUGGGAGAACUUACAAAAAUCUUUCUUCCGAGCAAUGCAGAAUAACUUUUAAUUGUAUUUCUGCCUUAAAAAUGUAUUAUUACUAC